AGGAGAAAGCCCAAGUGCGCAGGAGCCCUUAUCACUUUCAUUGUCCCUCACAAUUGACAUUCCAAACUCGAAUUAUCAUAAUCAAUUUCAUCAUCACAUCAUACACAGUUAACAAGAGGGAACAAAAAGGCGAAUUUGAGUAGAACACAAAGUGCGAACUGGGAAGUCUCUGAACAACCGUUUCGAUAAAUUCCCAGCUUCUCAGAUGAUUCGCUCAAUUCCGCCAUUAAAGCUUCAUUAAAAAGCUCAGAUUUUCGUGACCCAGGAUUCUCACAUUACGAAAUAGGAAACUAAAAUCAUGGAAUGGCUUGUAUACUCCUAGUAAUAUCAACUCAAGCCUAUUGCAAUGGAUAUCAACUUGUGAGUCUCCUAUCAUUUAAGGUUGUUCCCUCAAAGUCAUUUUCGUUUUGUGAGACUUCAUCUCUCGGAUAUUACUUCUUCAACAUGAGCACUGCAUACAAUGAGGAACAAGAACAAGGCACUGUAGUAGGAUUUGAAACUCCAAAAUCGCCAAGCUCAAGUUAUACCAACGUAUACCCUGGAAAUGAAGACGAGGCACGCGAUCCACCUCUUGUCCCUCCGCACUUGCAACACACCUUGUUAAGUUGUCCGGCAAGUAGAGAGACCACCGGAACAUUUCCCUUGCCUCAAAACGUGAUUUUAAACCAUCUGUACAUUGAAAACAGAGAGGCUCCAAGAUCUGUGGUUGCACUUGGUUUCACUCAUCGCUUUCGGUCAAAAUUUGUGACCGUUGUUCUUUACAAGCCUGUUCAGAGAAGGGGGAGCAAUGCUUGAUGUAUAGCCAAGGAGGUAGUCAUUGUCAUUUAAUUAGGUACUUCCCUAUUGCCUUUGAUUUAAAUGUAGAAUAAUCUGACUAUGAUCUCCUAGUCUUAGGGGGAUGUUGUUGCUUGAUUGCCUGUUAAUCAAGUUUUGCAUAUCAAUGAUGGUUACAUUGCAACACACCUCAGGAUUUGCCUAAGAUUAAUGGUUAACAUUGUAUACCCUUUAUAUUUCUUAGUUAGAAAAAAGUAUUUGAUGGUAGCUUUGGUUGUACUUUUUACUGGUCAUGUGUUUCUCGAGGUCUUACCUUGAUUGAUCCUUGGUUGAUGCGGUCUCGCAGCAAUGAAUGAGACCCUUUGAAAUAUUGAUGAAAUUAACCAGAUUGAUUUAUCUAAUUGCUGAGAUAAUCAACUUUGUGUUCGUAAUCAUAAAAAAUGCAU